UAGCAACCGAUGAGCGAGCAGAUUGCUAGACCGUCAAACGUGAGCAUCAAUUAUCUCAUAGCAUGGACAGAACAGACGAGGCAAAUUUGCCGCUCGUGAGAGACGACGACGACGACGAAAUCAACGACGAUUCGUCCGUCACGGUCGAAAUCAAGAAAACGCUGUUAGAACGCGCGCGUUCCCAUCGCUCUCUAGUACCACUCAUUGUAUUUAUGGCUCUCCUCCUAGAUGCCGUACUCACUACGUGCGUCGUGCCCAUAAUUCCCGAGAUUCUUCACCAGAAUGGCUCGGACAUCAGCAUCGGUUUUCUCCUCGGUUCUAAGUCUUUCUUUCAAUUGAUUUCCAACACUGUGGUCGGGCCUUACACCGACCGGUUUGGAUUCAAUGCUCCUAUGGUAACCGGAUUUGUGCUUCUGACGUCAUCGACUCUGUUUUUUGCGUUUGCGCCGGACAUGGGGCGUGGAUCUCGGUGGAACACGUAUGCUGCAUUGUUUGUUGCGAGAUCGGUUGAAGGAGUCGGUUGCUCGUGUGUUACGACAGCAGGGAUGGCGAUGGUCGCCGAUCGAUAUCCAGAUCAACAGGAACGAGGGGCAGUAAUGGGAAAGGUACUGGGAGGGCUAGCACUCGGACUGCUAGUUGGGUAUCCAUUCGGUGGAGCGUUCUCCGCGGUACCCGGAGGAAUCGAGAAAGGAUGGAGAUAUCCUUUCCUGAUCAUAUCGUGUCUGGGUUUCAUCGAUUUGCUGUUGCAACUUUUAGUAUUGGGUUGGUCGACGUCGACGAAUCGGAGAGAGACAGAGCCAUCGUCUAUGUUGAAAUUAAUUCGAGAUCGAUAUAUCGUUACAGCACUGGUGGCACUCUUUGUCUCGCAGCUUGCGAUCUCGUCAUCGGAACCGAUCCUGCCCGCAUGGAUGGAAACACACUUUACCAAGCCAACACCAGAAGCAUGGCAAAUAGGAUUAGUCAUUAUGUCGUCAAUGUUGGCGUACAUCAUUGUGACUCUGAUUGCCAGUCGUGCGAAACUCAACACGAGAUGGAUCGUGACUCUCUUCGGGAUUUCAUUGCUAUUUCUUGGAACGUUGACCCUACCUCUCACCGUUCUUCCAGAUGGAGGAAAUUUGUAUUUUAUUAUUUUACCCUUGGUGAUUCUCGGUGUCGGCAUUGGUAUGGCCGACUCUACGUUAUUCCCGACGAUGGGUAUGCUCGUUGAUAUCAGACAUUCGUCGGAGUAUGGUGCCGUUUAUGGUUUGGCUGACAUAGCGAUCAGUCUGAGUUUCGUUAUUGGUCCGAUUGCUGGUUCGCUGGUCAACCAGUUUUUUGGGUUUGGUGCGGCUAUUUGGUGCGUGAGCGCUCUGUGUGGAUUGGUCGUGCCUUCGAUUUGGUGUCUAAGGUCUCUCAGGGUCAAGGAAGAUUCGGAGGGUAACGGAAAUGUAACAGAAAGUAUUGAGUUGCAAUCACAUGAGAUGGCAACAUAGAAGAAUACUGUGGUAUAUGUAUGCAAACUUUAU